AUGUUGGACUUGUCAUCAAAGACAUUACCAUGUCUUCAUUCCUUCUGCCGGUCGUGUAUUGAGAUGAUUCUAGAAGAAAAUGGCCCGUGUCCCCAGUGCCAAGGACCUGUCACUAGUGACGAUUUGAGACUGUCACCAUUUCUGGAGAAGUCUUUGAAGCGCCGUCAGCUGGAAACCAGCGAAUGGAGGUGCGGCAGGUGCUUUGAAGAGAACGGAGAGAAUCGACCGUCCAGAUUUGGUGCCAGGAUUGCAAGAAAAUCUUGUGCCAGUCCUGCAAGAGAUUCCACUCGGAGCACGAGACCAAAGACUUGUCGGGCAUGUCGAGGGUGGAGGCCGUCAGGGUCAUCACGACGGAUGACUGUCGACGGCACCGUCAAUCAGGACGCUUUCUGCCAGCGGUGCAACACGUGCCUGUGCAAAGUAUGUUACCAGGAACACCUGAUCGCCUCGCCUCAGUGCCCACCUCGUCCUCUGUCGCCCCACCCUGGGCGGCAACUCCGCCAGUUCGAAAUCAACAUCCGGGAGACGUACGCGCAGAUGUCGCGAUCCAUUGACCAACUGUCAACGGAUUGCGAAUCGGAAUGCUCCAAACUCGUUCUGGAUUUCGAGACCUUCGUGGAAGAAGCACGGCUCAAGUUGGCAGCGUUAUGCGAUAAUAUGAAAGUGAUGGCGUCUGAACGGCAGAAAACAUGGCGGAUCUCCCUCAAGGAGAAAGAAAACCUUUUAAAGAAGGUCGAAAUCUGGCACCACACAUUGGAACAUUUGUUGACGGACGACGCCGACGAUGAGGACGUCGUCUCUCGUCUGAGGUUGUUGAGAGCGGAGCUUUCUGCGUGGCUCCGUCAAUCGUUUGCUCCUCAAGAGAAAGGACGUUGGCUGGUGACAUUUCCGAAAUGGUGCCGCGAUUCCCUAGAGUCACUGAAGAAAGAAAUAAUCGUGUGGGCGGCAGAGACAUCCGGGCAUUUGCAGAUGGAAAGUGAAUGCCGUCUGCAAGGAUCGAACCCGCUGAAUAUUUUAUCGAUGGUCGCCGGCGACGAAGACAAUCGCGUCUUUGUUGGCGAUUUUCAAAACGGAUCGAUCCUAGAAUUCAUCAGUGAUUCUGGCGAAAUGGUCGCCCAAUGUCCCUUAACGGAAGGAGGAAAGAAAUUCGGCCCCUUGGACAUGUGUCGCCUUUCGGGAGACAUUUUGGUUGUCUGUGGCUGGGAGUUAGUGAGGAACCUAUUUGAAAGAAAGGGAGAAUAUCUACCACCCCUCUCUAUUUCAUUCAACCUUUCCUUCUCCAAAUCCCCUUCUAUAAAUUCUUCCCUUAUUGUCUCAUUCAUUCAUUCAUUAUCUAUCUAUCUAUCUAUUUAUCUAUCUAUCUAUCUAUCUAUCUCAGGGAAAAAUCAUUUUUGA